AUGGCUGUUAGCAGUGAAGAAGAAUACCAUCACUUCACAGAUUCUACUGAAACUGAGUCUGAUCAACUGGAUGAGACCCCUCAUUCUUCACUAGAAAUAGCAUCUCUCCACAAGGACUUAGCAAGAUGGGCUACAUCUACAAACCAGACACACAAAGCAGUAAACAAACUUCUUUAUGUGGUCAGACGUCAUGGUCACAGACUUUCCAAAGACGCUAGAAGCCUUCUUGAAACACCACAAGGAGUGCCAGUUCAAAAUAAAUGUAAAGGACAGUACAUUUAUUACGUCACAUUAAAAAAAAACAACAUCAUAAGUGAUAAAGACUUCAAGUCAAGCAAUGCUGUCUUUAAAUCAGUUUUAAAGUGCUACAGGAAAAAUGGAAAAGACACCAGCGUUCAUCAUCCGCGUAUUACUGAGUCUGACUUGGAGAAAAUUAGAAAUGCACCUGCACUCUCCUCUUUCACACCAACAGGACUUGUAAGAAAGGUUUGGUUUGACAUACAGCUGUGUUUUGCACGGAGUGGAAGAGAAGGAAACCGUAACCUAUCAAAAGAAUAUUUCGUUCUCCGGCAAGACGAGAAUGGGAAAGAAUACCUGACCCUAGCGCAUAACCCAGAGACAAAAAACCACAAGGAUCCCACUGCAUCGGAUAGGGAAAAUUUACGAGGAUUUAUGUUUGCGAGCCCCGGCGACCCCCUUUGUCCCGUGGACAGCUUUAAAAAAUAUCUGUCAAAGUGUCCAGAAAAUGCCAGAGCGUUCUAUUUGCAUCCGAGACGCAUCCCUCUGUGCAAUCUCAAGGGCACCGAAGUGUGGUUCACCAGGGAGCCGAUGGGGCUUAACUACCUUGGCAAUAUGCUAAAACAUAUUUGUGAAGAGGUGGAAGGUAUCUCACAAAUGUACACAAGCCAUAAUUUGCGGAGCACUGCCGUUGGACGACUUUCUGAUGCAGGAAUAGAAAGUCGCCAGAUCAUGUCAGUGACAGGCCACAGAUGCGAGGGGAGUUUGCGGUCAUAUUGGGCCCCAUCUUUGUCAGAGAGGAUCCCAGAGGAAAAGAAAAUCUGA